AUGUUUCGUAAGACUCAGAUUGAUCGUCAAAUCGCUCAGCCAUGGCUUGCACUCCUCGUCCAAUUCCAAUCUGGUAUCACACUCUUGUACUGCUUCUGGGCUACCCCACCGGAACAUAGAACCGACAAUUACUACUCCUUCGAUGUCUCUGACGCACUCCGCGCCUGCUCGAACAUCCUAGCGAUAAUGGCAGACAGGUGGGCGAAGGCAGAAUGCCUGCGAGACGUCUUUGAGCUACUGGCGCGCGAAAUCCCGCUGGUCGACCGACCCAACAAACCACCGACUCGGCUGUCAGAGAAGACGGUUACGGCAGUCCGAGAGCACCUUCCGCAGGUUCGCGCACUAGUAGUGCAUCGUCCGGUGUUGCGCAUGAUCGAUGAGAUGAUAAAUGAAGACUUCCCUCGCUCUGCGCAACCUUCUCAGCUACCAACGAUACGUGGCAUGCUCGCUCCGAAUGACCAGGAACCUGAAAACUUCAACAAUCAGCUACAGCAGAUCAACGGAAACUUCCAGAUGCCAUUUGCCAUGCAGCAGCCCUUCGAGUACGGGAUUGCAGAUUCUGGGCUUGAGGAUUUGGCUGUUGAUGGCCUACUCUCGUUUCCUGGGGUGUUUGACUUCGAAGGCUGGACAUGA